CCUCCCACGGGUAGUUUGGUAAAUGAACCAUAAGGUACUGGAAGCAAGACCACCCUGUCCCAGGCCAGCUGUUCUAUCUAUCUUGUCGGUAUCGUCUUGUUUGUUUGUUUAUAAUCUAAAUCUUGUUUGUUUACUUAUUCCCGAGAGGGAGGUGUAUUCAUGAACCGACUGAUAUAUCUUUCAUUUGCUCUGCAUUCAGUCAAAAAGCUUAAAACACUUUGCCUAUUUAGAACGACAUUUGUGAGUGGAUUAAACAGCAUUCGAAAUCCAAGAUAUUUCAGUGCAUCAAAACAACACAAUAUGCGAUUGGUUCAAUUUCAAUGUGGUGGGAGGAUGAGUGUAGGGGCGGAGCUUGGGAAAGGGGGUGAUGUUGUUGAUUUCUGUGCUGGGGACGCAAGUAUUCCAAGUAACAUGAAGACGUUCGUCGAGGGAGGACAGCAAAUGUUAGAUGCAGCAAAACAGGUGAUAUCAUCCGGCAAGCAUGUCCUGAAAAGAGAAACAGUUACUCUACGAGCUCCCAUCAAUAACUGUGAUAAAGUUCUCUGCGUCGGAAUGAAUUACAGAGAACACUGUAUCGAGCAAAACGUUCCAAUCCCAACUGAGCCCAUAUUCUUUAGUAAGUUUGCGAGUACCAUUGUGGCAUCUGGGGAUGACAUCAUUUAUCCAGAUGUCACCGAGGAGCUGGAUUGGGAGGUAGAACUUGUCAUCGUCAUCGGGAAAAAUGGCAAAAAUAUUCAGGAAUCUGAUGCCAUGGAUCACGUGAUUGGAUACACAGUGGCACAUGACGUCAGCGCAAGAGAUUGGCAACUUAAGAAAAACGGUGGCCAAUGGCUACUGGGUAAAACCAUGGAUACGUUCUGUCCCGUAGGCCCAGCUAUUGUGACUAAGGAGGAGAUCUCAGAUCCUCAUAAUUUGGGAAUUAGAUGCAGAGUGAAUGGCGAAACGAGACAAAAUAGCAACACUAACGAGUUGGUGUUUAACACAAUGCAGCUGAUUGCAUUUAUUUCCAGGUUGCUAACGCUGAGGGCUGGAGAUCUGAUCUUGACUGGCACACCGUCGGGUGUUGGUGUCUUCCGAAAACCCAAACCAAUCUUCCUCAAGCGAGGUGAUGUGGUGGAAUGUGAAAUCGAUGAAAUAGGGACCAUCUCCAACAAGGUUGUGUAAAGGUCAAAGGUCAACUUGAAGACAUAUGGAUUACAGCCUUAUUAAUGCAUAAACAAAACUGAAAAAAUAUUGAUAAAAUCCAAAAUGGAGUGAGCAAAUGUAUGCAUUUAUUUUUACAUCAGUUUUCAAGUUAUGGACAAAUUUGAAUGAUGGAGUUCCUUUUGCUCAGUUAUUUUGGAGGUUUAAAACUCAUUUGGCAAACAGAAAAAGAAUUUCUGUCUCGCUCAAACCACAAUUAUUAUUUGCAGUAAAUCUUAUAAUAUGGGUUUUCCCGCUCAAUUUCAACAAAUUAACACCUAAAUUAGCUUCAAAGUCAUUCAUUUUAGUGUGCAUUCGAAUGCAGUUUCAGAUCUUCGUUCAGUUAACUAAAAUAAAAUGUUCAAUUUAGUUUUUUGAGCACGCGAUUGGGAAAAUAAAACAAUCAAAUUUAAAUUAAAAGUAUGCUCAUUCAAAUUGAAAUUGUAGGCAAGGAGCAUUCAAAUUCGCCCAAGCCAUGCGACAAGAAUUAUGGUCAACUGAAUUCAUAAUUGGGAACAAAUAUUCGACAUUUUGGCAUUGGGAUUCAUUCCAUGAUUUUGGAGAACAAUCACCAGAAACUUGAAAGAAUUAUAUCUAUAAUUCCAACAAGAUAAUUAUGUAUACAUCAAGUAAAGGAUAAAGAAUGCUUUGUUAUUUGUAAAGCUUUUUGUUCUCAUCGUAACUGUCGGUUACUUUUUGUUCAUUUGAUGUAAUAAUUUUGAAUGCUCAAAGUGCUAAAUUGAUUGCACAUAAACAGAAAGGAAAGUAAGAAUUGAACGUAGAAACCUCAUUAAAAAGGUAUGCUAAAUUAAAUUACGAUUGGGUGCUAUUUAAUUGAAUGGCGCAAAUUUGAAUGUCUGUAAACGAAAUAAAACGCCAUGAAAAUGAUUAAGAACCAA